CAUACAUAUGAUACAUCAUUUAUGUUUAGGCUAAGUUAUUCCCUGGUUCUCUUUCCUUGGUUCCUUGUUUUUCUUCUUCUUCCAUUUUUUUUCAGUUGGAAAACAACAACAAAUUAUAUAAUCUGUUGGUCCCAAUUAUAAUAGAAUAAAAUGAAGCAAAAGAUUGUGCUCAAGGUUGAUAUGAAGUGCAACAGAUGCCGGACUGAGGCACUCAAGGUUGUCGCAAAAGCUGAUGCAGGUGUGAACUUCUUGGGAUUAGAAGGACAAAACAAAGAAAAAGUGGUGGUGAUCGGAGAUGGAGUUGACGCUGUCAAUUUGGCUACCAACUUGAGGAAGAAAGUUGGGCAUACCGAAAUUAUCAGCGUGGCAGCUCAUGAUUCUAAAUAAAAAUAUUUAACGUCCUCAUGUACAAAUUUACUCUUAAAAUUUAUGUGAUUUGCCUCUUGACAUUCUAAAUUUGCGGAGAAUUUAUCAUGAUCUCUAUACUUUUACAUUUCAGUAAUAAUUAUACAUCUCGCUAAAAUGAAUAACUUUGCAAGAGUUCAAUUAUAACAUUGUAUUUUUACAUUUUAUUUUGGCGAGAAAUAUAAUUAUUAUUGAAAUAUAAAAGUGUAGAAUUAUAAUAAGUUUUUUGAAAAUGCUACAAGGCAAAUCUCAUAUCUCAUAAACUUUGACAGCAAAUCUAUGCAUUUAACCAAUAUUUAACGUGUAAUAGGGGCUUCUGUGGCCCAUUUGUUUGAUGAAUUUAUUUCGCUUAUCUUUGGUGCUAUGGAGGAUGAUCAUUUGUAUCACCAUUACCUUUUAAAUUUUCUUAAUGUUAAUUUUCAUUUAUGAUAUUAA